AUGGUUUGUGCAGAUUAAACACCAAAUAAUAAUGACAAACACCUGUAAUAGGAACUGCAUUAAACAAUAUUAGUAAAAUAACUGAACUAAUUAGAUUGUAAACUGUUCAUAGGCGUACCAUUAUUGACAAAUGCAAUUGAGAUUUCUUAUAAUUAUCGCACUAAUAGUAAAAUAAAAGAAAGAGCAAAGUUCCUAUCAAACGACUUCAAAACAACCGAAAAUAUCUCAACAUAAAACUAACUAAGCAUAGAAUUUAUCUAUAAAGCUCGCUUUUUGAUGGAAUUCAUUGAUAAUUUUAUUUGA